AUGAUUGAGGCCUCCCCGUUCUCUUCACUGGAGCACGCAACAUCAUUCGCAAGAGAACUGUGGUUCAACACGUUGCCAAUUCAGUCUUGGCUGGAUACAUUCUCAGCACACAGGCACAUAGGUGAUGCUAUUACUAUUGCGCAUGGAGAUAUUAGGACGGGAUUGCUUCAAUUCCCAACAAAGUACCGAAAGAAAUUCGGCUUCGGGUUCGUCACUAGCACAAACCUGUUCCUUUCGCAACAAAUACUAGAGGAGGUGCAGAAUCUUCCAAUAAGCAUGAUUUGUACACCGAAAUAUGAUGAUGAAUUUUCCAGAUUAUUAAUUGUAGCAGUACUGUAUUAG